CGUUCGGCAGCCGUAGUCUGCAUCAUAAAUCUCGCAAAGUUCACCUGCAAACUUCACCAGCUCCGUACAGCUCUGCAGCUCCGUCGAACGGAUAACUUCAUCCACAGCAUCAACAUGAAAUUCUUGGCUAUCGCUGUUCUGGUGCUCGUCGCUUCGGUCUACGCCGAAGACCAGCCGAUGGAGUCGAUGAAGGCUAAGCGUGGCGUUCACUUCAGCCUGGGAUACCAUCAUGCUCCGGCGGUGGUGUCGCACUCGUACGUGGCUCCCGCUCCAGUGAUCGCUCACUCUGCCCCGUUGGUGGCUGCUCCCGUUGCGUAUCAUGCCCCGCUCACCAAGACUUAUGUUGCCCAUGCUCCGAUCGUUCACCAUGCCCCGCUGGCUGCCUACCAUGCUCCGCUGUACCAUAGUGCCGUCUACUCUACCCUGCACCGUCGUUAAGCGGGAUAAAGAACCCGGUGCCGCCAGCGACCAACUCUAGCGUUAUGCGUGUGUGCUUCAUUUAGUUGAAAUAAAAAAUUGUUAAAAAUUAA